UCAGAUGAAGCAUAUAACUUGAUUAGAAAAAAGUUUUUUUUUUCGGCUAUACGUUGUGCUGCAAUUGUCGCAAAUAUGGAUACAUGGAUACGAUAUUUUCACGUGAUUUUGAAUGUACUUUUUAUUCUCGUAGGACUAGUGCUGGUGGCUUUUGGAGUCUACGUUUUGGUCGGAUCACCAGUACAAGAAGUAUUAACGUAUGUUAGCGGAAAUAUGUUUCUCAUAUAUGCAAUGAUUGCAAUAGGCGGAAUUGUGUUUCUAGUAGGCUCAUGUGGUGCUCUUGGAUCUUGCUAUGAAAGUAAAUGUUUGCUCAUGACCUACCUCACAGUGACCGUUAUAUUUGUUUUGGCACAAAUUGCUGUUGUUAUAUUUGCUGUUGUUGAACAAGAUCACAUCAAAUCACAUCUUUCAACUGUAUGGUACGAAUUAAAUAAUGAGACGAAACAUUUACUUCAAGACAGAUUUAGUUGUUGCGGAUAUUCAACCCCAGAUGAAUGGGGGGGACUUUUUCCAGAAUCUUGCUUGAACACCACGACGGGAGGGGACGGUGCCCCAUGGUCGACGACUUGUUACAACUCAGUUGUUGGAUUUUUCGAUGAAAAUAUCAUACUCGCUGGAUCCAUUGCAGGACUGAUGUUUUUACUUGAGGUAUUCCAAAUGAUUGUUACUUGCUUUAUGGUCAGAGAUCUUAACAACAUUUCAAGUUACCGAAGAGACAGUCGGCGGCGUAAUUCUCAACUGAUGAGAGGGUAUGACGAAAGUGAAGGGGAUGCAUUUGAAGCUUAUUUGAAAAGGAAUGAAAUACGAGAGUCGAGACAAUAGCACACAGAUCAGUCAGCUUUCAGCUGUGUGAUUUUUAAAGAAACAAUUUUGCCAGAUCCUCAUGCUUUGAAUAUCGUUUCAACUUGCUAAAGGAGCUAAGCUGCUUGAGUCGGAUUCAUUUGAAUGAGUGAACACUAGGGCUGGGAAUGGUUAACCGGUUAACCGAUUUCAUAUGGUUAACGGUUACAAUUUAUUUCAACCAUUAACUGACAUCUCAGGUACAAAUCAUCUUCAUACCGUACAAUUUCUUCAAA